GACAUGCUGGAGUGCGGUGAAAGCUCCAUACCCUCGCCGUUCUUUGUGCGUCGAAGGUGGUGCAGCCUUUCGGAAGUUUCUUGGUGCGAGUUGCAACAGGAGUCCUUUCCAAACGAUUCAAGAAGCUCGCAGUGUCGUGGGGCAAUUUGGAUGUGAAGUCCAGAUCAGCCCGGCGAAGUUCCAGGAUUUGAGACAUCUCAGCUCAGGGGAGGACCGCGUGCGUGAGCUGCAGCAAACACUGGAUUUGUCUCGACUUCAGCACUCCAAGAAGCCUUCCUGGGAGGCCUUCUUGCAGGGAAGCGGUGGAUGCCAGCUUGGUUGGUGCGAGCGACCGUCCAGUUUGCGGGAAGAUCAGGCUGAGAGAGGGCGUGCCAUCCAGGCAACUCUAGUCUGCUAUUGUCCGCCUGGAGCAUGUUUUACAAUUUCUGGUGAGCUGCUGCUCGAUGGAGCCAGCUGCGAUCCUCCACCUGGCCAUUCGGUCUGCCUAAACGGAAGACGGUUUGCAGUCCUACCAUGGAAAGCGGCCGGUGACUCCGACAUGGGGAUGGAUAUGGUCAAGGACUUUGACGACAACUGGCUUGACAUCCCCGCUGGCUGGAAACCCUACGAAGUUUGCCAGGACUUCGAGCAGGUCGUGUUGCCGCAGGUGAUUGCAGCAAAUUCAUGGGGUACCGACAUGGUCAUCGUGCGUCGUGGCAACAAGUGGCCGGGUUGGAAAACCGGAGUUCGAGGAUCGGCAGCUGGCGCUGGGAAACGACUGAGUUCUCAUGUCGAGUGGUUUGAAACGGACCACGCGGGUCGCAGAUGUGUUUUUCGUGCGGAGGAUCCACAGCGCACUCCAUCGAAGAAGUUGGAUCCUCUCUGGCGGUCAUGGAGUGGUCGAUUGCUGCUGGAGCGCGUUCCAGAUUCCACCAAGAUUGGCGCGUUCAAAGCAUUGCUGCACCUGCAUGCUCUGGAGUCCUGCACCGCAGAUGAAAGCACAUCGAAGUGA